CUUGUGUGCAUUUGUCCAGCUUCAGUCCUGCGUGGAUCAUCAUGGGUCGAGCCACAGUUGGCGUAAUACUAUUUGGCGUCUUGCUCAGCUUUUUCGCCGCUGUCACAGCCGUUAAGGAGCGAGACGUCGACAUCUACAGCUUCCACAUUAACUCCACAGUAACCAGCCGCUACGCCGUCACAGUCAUCACGAGUCGUGUGGCAAAUCGACUUAAUGAGUCCAAAGAAGUCCAUUUCCAAGUCAAGAUUCCCAAGAAUGCUUUCAUCAGCAAAUUCAGAAUGACCAUAGAGGGGAAGACGUAUGAUGGAGUUGUGAAGGAGAAAGAAGAGGCUCAGCAGCAGUACAGUCAGGCAGUGUCUCGGGGAGAAAGUGCUGGAAUGGUCAGCUCAGUAGGAAGGACUCUGGAGGAGUUUAAGACCUCAGUGACAGUGGCUGCUUUCAGCAAAGUGACCUUCGAACUGACCUAUGAGGAGCUGCUACAACGUCGACUUGGCAAAUAUCAGCUACUCAUCAAUGCCCAACCGAUGCAGCCUGUAGCAGAUUUCAAGAUUGAUGUUUACGUCCGUGAGAGUCCAGGUAUUUCCUUACUGGAAGUGAAAGGAGGGCUGAACACUAAUGAGCUGGCCAAUGCUGUAACCACUACACGAUCUGGUACAGAGGCGUGGGUGAACUUCUACCCCACUCGUGAGCAGCAGACCAAGUGUGAUGUUUGUGGUGAAAAUGGACUAAAUGGAGACCUGAUCAUAAUGUAUGAUGUAGACAGACGAAAUCCCAGUGGAGAACUACAGGCAUCAGAUGGUUAUUUCGUCCACUACUUUGCACCUACAGAUAUUCCACGAAUACCGAAAAAUGUGGUGUUCGUCAUUGACCGAAGUGGCUCCAUGAGCGGGAGGAAGAUUCAGCAGACUCGUGAAGCAUUGCUGAAAAUUUUGGGAGAUCUUGCUGAGGACGAUUACUUUGGGCUGAUCACCUUUGAUGAUCGUAUAGAAGUGUGGAAUCCUGAACUCCUCCAGGCCACAGAGAGGAACCUGAAGACAGCAAAGGACUUUGUUAGACAGAUUAAAGAUAAUGGCUACACAAACAUCAAUGCUGCAGUGCUGAAGGGAGUGGAGAUGAUCAACAAACACCCACGAGAAGGCUCAGCCUCCAUCCUCAUCCUGCUGACUGACGGAGCCCCAAAUAGAGGUGAGAGUGACCCAACAAGGAUUCAGGCCAAUGUGAAAGAGGCCAUUGGGGGGAAGUUUCCUCUGUACUGUCUGGGGUUUGGAUUUGAUGUUAAUUUUGAUUUCCUGAAUAAAAUGGCUCUGGAAAACCAUGGACGUGGUCGUAGGAUCUAUGAGGACUCAGAUGCUGACCUACAGCUACAGGGUUUCUAUGAGGAGGUGGCCGUUCCUCUGUUAACCGGCGUCCAGCUGAACUACACUGGAUCUUCUAAUGUUACGCAGACCAGAUUCAGCCACUACUACAACGGCUCAGAGAUUGUAGUUGCUGGACAGAUCACAGACAACAGCCUGGAGACUUUCCAAGCAGAGGUCAUCGCAGUCUCAAAAAACAGUAGAGUGACCUACCAGGACUCCGUGUUCAUGAAAGACAUAGCGGGAGUUUUGCCACAACAUGAGCACUUCACCCAGAGACUUUGGGCUUAUCUUACAGUGAAGCAGCUCCUGGAGAAAGAGAUGACACUUAAUGGGGAGGAGAAGGAAGCAGCCAGGAAAGAAAUCCUGGAUCUCUCUCUUAAAUAUGAAUUUGUGACCCCUUUGACUUCCAUGGUGGUCACCAAGCCUGAAGGAGAGGAGACACAGGUCGCCCACAAACCUAAAGAGGGAGAAAAUAGAAAGCGAAUGCCACAAAGGCCAGCAUGGGCCAAUACCUUUCACCUGUCAGGCAGGUUGGCAUCUCACCCAGGACAAAAAGGUCGCACUGCAUUGGGCAUUGGAAGCUACAGCUAUGGAGGCCUUUCACACAGCUACAGUGAUUUUUCUCAUAGACCUUAUACCAGAAAGAAAACGUCACGUAAAACUUCUCAGUCGCAAACUCCACCAACCCCCCCUCCAGUGAUUGGCGUGAGGUUCUUGAUCUCUUCUCUUGAUCAGCCUAAGCCAGUAUGUUAUGAUCUCCCUGCCGCUUCCAAACUCCGCCUCCUGACGGACCCCUCCUCAGAUUUCUCAAUGAAUGGUGAACUCUCAACAAAAGGCUUCAAUCAAAUCGCUCUUCAUUACAAAACGGAUUAUUCCUUAAUGCUCAACACCUCUCAUAUCCUUUAUCACGAUGGCCUGAAUGAUGUGAUGUUUUUGUGGGGACAGGAGCCCAGCAAGCAUGAGACUGACAGCGUGUCUCUGAUUCUGAGGAUUGAGGAAGUGGACGUCACCAUGGGGACUGUGCGUGUGGUGUUGUUCCGACAUAAGAAAGAUGGAGAAAUGUUUCUGUGGCCUGCGGUUCAGCAGCAACCAAACCAUGUUGGCAUACAAGGGAUUUUUGGAAAAAACAAUCUUGAAUAUGAGGAAUUACCAGGAUCAGUCAUCAAAAUCAAAGAUCAAGAUGUGAAAGCGACCUGGAGCACUGCUGCUGACUAUCGACGCUCUUCAGCUCCUGUUCUUGGAUGCUGGCUCGUACCAUACAAGUCUGUCCUGCAGGGGGAGCUCUCUGAUUUCACAGUGUCACAGCUGUAGACUUGUGUAUUGAAGAUGCGCUUCAAAACACUGAUUUCAAUGAUGUUGAUGUUCACUGAUGUUCUUAAUUCUGAUGAAAUAUUUAACCGGGUUAAAUCAGGAUUGGAUGAUGGAAACUGGUAGAGAAAAAAUGAAGACUUUGAAGAGCCCUGAGAACCUGGAAUAUCAGAUUUACAUGACACAACAGGUUCAUUUAUAAGUGUUGUUUACAUAUGAACAGCAAUUCCACUAAAACAAUGAAUAAAAAAAAUGAUUAACGUUUA